CUCGCAGAGCCCCGGUCUGUGAGCCGCCGCAGCAGCCUGACACACACAGGCGGACACUCGAGACGAGUGACUGUAUUAACAUGAGGACUGACAAGUCAGUCUCGGCCAUAAACGCUCCAGGAUCCCUCCGUGGCACGGACGUUGCCAUUUUGUUUGGAACAACUUCUCCACAAAACUGUUUAUCUGCCUCUUUAAAGACGCAGCGGCAUGAUCGCAGGGGACGCGCCGAAUUUGUACCUUGUCGCAUGACGGCAAUUGUGGAGCGCUGCCUCUGCAGAAAAGUCCGAACGGCGACACGUGUAUGUCUCGUUUUGACCAAUCAGUCCUAGAGGCUCGAUCCGAGGGGUAUAAAUUUGAGGCGGUUACCGUAGAGACGCCUGCCGCCGGAGAGUUGAACGCGAGAGCCCCCCCCCUGCCCCUCCGUGAUAUCUUUGGAAGGGAAGCGUUUGAUGAGCACUAAAUUGAAGGAAGGCAAACUUCAGACAAUUUCCCCCUUCAUGGCCUUCGGACAACGCAAUGUCUGAUGUGAACGCCUGUCCCACUGUGAUUGGAAAUCCUCCUCCUCCGGCGGUCACCAACACCAAACAGCCUGGACGUGUAACCAAUCAGCUGCAGUAUCUGGAGAAGGUGGUGAUCAAAGCUUUAUGGAGGCAUCAAUUCUCGUGGCCCUUUCGUCAGCCUGUUGAUGCAGUAGCACUGCGUCUGCCAGAUUAUUAUACAAUUAUUACAAAUCCUAUGGAUCUGGGAACUAUUAAGAAGCGUCUUCAGAACAAAUAUUACUGCGAAGCACAUGAGUGCCUACAAGACUUCAACAGUAUGUUUACCAACUGCUACAUGUACAAUCGGCCUGCAGAUGACAUUGUUUUCAUGGCUCAGACUCUAGAGAAGCUUUUUUUGCAGAAAGUGUCCCAAAUGCCUACGGAAGAGUGUGAAGAUACAGUAGUCACCCCAAAGGAACCAGCAAAAGUAAAAAAGACAAAUACAGAGGACUUGAAGCAGAGAUCCCUUGUGUCAGAAGUUGUUCUCCAACAAAUGGUGACGGUCAUCCCUCCUGAUGUGCCUCAGUUCAUCCCACCCAUACAGCUCUCUGCACAAAUUGAUGCAGCACAACUGCUCCAGCCCAAGAUGUUCGGGCCAGAUGGGAGAGACCCAGAGCGAGAUGAGGACCAUCCAUGCCGGCGCAGUCACCUGCCAUCAUAUCUUCAGGACUAUGAGAUUAAAAAAGGUUUGAAGAGGAAAGCAGACCCCUCAGCCUCCACCACCUCAGUGAUCACCAGCAGUGAGGCCUUCCCUGCUGAGGAGCAUUCAGCACCAUGUACAUUAUUCUACAGAAGAGGCAGCGGCAGGCCCAUCAAACCUCCUAAGAAGGACAUACCUGCCUUUGAGGGAAAGAAGGUCAGACUGUCGGAGCAGCUCAGGUACUGCAAUGAUAUCCUGAGGGAGAUGCUCUCUAAGAGGCACUAUGCAUGUGCAUGGCCUUUUUAUACACCCGUUGAUGCAGAUGCGUUGGGCCUACACGACUACCAUGACAUCAUCAAGCAGCCUAUGGACCUGAACACCGUCAGGAAAAAAAUGGAUCAGCGAGAGUAUGCAAAUACAAAUGAAUUUGCUGCAGAUGUGCGACUGAUGUUCUCCAACUGUUACAAAUACAAUCCGCCUUCACAUGAGGUGGUCUACAUGGCAAGAAAACUGCAGGACAUUUUUGAGGCUCGUUAUUUAAAUGUUCCUCAAGAGCCAGAGGGUUGUUUCCUACCUCAGCAGCGAGUUAUCAGUGGAAAACGAGAUAGAGUUGGCAGUCUGUCAACCUCAGCAAGUUCUUCAAGUGAAAGUUCCUCAGAGGAAGAAAGUUCAUCAGAAGAAGUGGCCAUGCAGCUGGCCAGCCUUGAGGAGCGGUUGAGAGCUGUCAGUGAUCAGCUGAAGAGACUGACCAAAGACCCCCUGAAGAAACCAAAGAAGAAAGACAAGUUGAAAAAGGAAAAGAGAUCCAAAGAAAAGGACGUUGCUGGACUAAAGUUAAAAUCCUCAAAAAACAAAUCUCUUGUCGGAAAAGUGACCAACAGCAAGAGCUCUGCUUUGCAUGGCAACAGACCCAAUAUUCAAAGUGUACCCACAAAAUGUGAGGAUGUGGCCCCAUCGUUACCGAUGACUUACCAGGAGAAGAAGCAGUUGAGAGCGGACAUCGACAAGCUGCCUAGUGCCAAACUAGGCCAAUUGGUGAAGAUCAUUCAUGCCAGAGAGUCUUGCCUGCAAAGUUCUACUCUAGAGGAGAUGGAGGUUGACUUUGAAAUGCUCAAGCCCUCCACGCUGAAAGCCCUGCAGCAGUUUGUCGCAGCAUGUCUGAGGAAAUGCAGCAAGAACAUAAACAAAAAAAAGCUGCUGAAGCCCACGGGGGGACCGCAGACUGGGAAAGUAACUGCUGCUGGGAGCUCAGCAGUUGUCAGUAAAGAGCCGCACUUGAUGAAGAAAAACAAGCCAGUGGCUAAUAUUGUGGCUUCUCCUGGCCUCAGUGUCAGCAGCAGCUCGUCUUCAUCCAGCUCUGACAGCAACAGCAAUAGUUGUAGUCACUCUAGCACUUCUGAAGGCAGUGACUCUCAAUCAGUGCCAAAACCCAAGAUGCAGAAAAGUAAAGAAUCUUGCCAAAAGGUUAAGACGAAGUCAAAGGUCACCCGCGCUACCAGUAUUAAGCAGAUAACGGACACAAAAGCAUCAGUCAAGACUUGUAAGCCUCCUCCUGUUGCGUUGUCCUUGGAAGCAGAAACUAAAGGUCACCCAACACACCAAAAUGCAGACCAGACCUAUCAUAAACCGACUUUAUCACCUCCGGAUUUGUCUGCCCUCCUGUCCCCCAUGGCGUCUCCGGGAGUUUUUCUGGGGUGGGCUUCUGCCAGAUUUGAGGGCCCAGUGCUGUCCCCUCUGAGAGCAAGCCCACUGCAGGCCAAAGAUAAUUUCAGACACCCUGAGGAUGCCCCUGACAGUCAGUUGACUAAUGUGCCUUAUGCCAACACAGCAAGUAAGAAUGCUGAAGAGGAAAAAACCCAAAAUCCCAAAAAGGACAUUGUUCUGAAAAAUGCAGAGUCUUGGGCGAAGCUGGUGAGAGAGUCGGUCUCUUCGACUGCAAUCAAGACCUCAAAGGAGAGCUUCCAGCACUUCCGCAAGGCCGCCAUUGAGAAGGAGGAACGAGAAAAGGCACUGAAGAGGAAACUGAUCGAAGGGAACCAGGAGAAGCAGGAGGCUCCAGAAAACAGAAGCCUACCGUGGCCGUGUAAAGCAGGACAACAUCCACAACCUGGUAAAGAGCGUCCCGAUUCACCUGAGAUCAUUUGCACGGAGGUUUCCCUCGACGCUGUCGAGCGGUCUCCCAACAAAGCACAACUUCUGGCCACACAGCUCUUGGUCGACAAGGAAAGGGAGAUGGCCCGGAAAAGGGAACAGGAGCGUCGCAGGCGAGAAGCUAUGAGCUGUAUUGACAUGACUAUGCAGCAGGACAUCAUGACGACAUUUGAGCUGACUCUGGACUGAAAAAAAUCCACUGGGAUUUACUUGAAAAAUGUGUAAUUGUGCAACAGCUCUGAGUGUCCUUUCACGAUAGCUAAAAAUGUGUGAGAGAGUGUGUGUGUGGGUGUGUGGGUGUGUGGGGCAGCACCAAAUUGAUUAAAAAAAUGAAUGUAUCUCGCCCUUAAGUUGUAUUUGAAAUGUUUAGUAAAUGUCUGCACUGAUGCACUCUUGACUUUGGGGAUGAUUGGGGUGAAAUGUGAAUGUGCCUGCAUGUUUUUCUGUUCUUUUUACAGCCGAUGGUUGUGUACGACACAGCUAAUCAACGCAUCCGUACACUGCAGUAAAAAAAUGCCUUAUUGUCUUGUUUGCUGAAAUAUGCAGUGUUGUUUUUGUUCUGGCAAACGCCCCAUGCCUCAGUUAAUCCUGACUCAGAAAAAAAGGUAAAUGUACAAAAAAAACACUGGUUUACAUGUACAGGUUACACACAUGUCCUGCCAAUUUUUUUGCACUAAAGAAAAUGUUAUUUUUUUGUGUACCGAGAUCGAUGCUAGCUCUUGCCAAUGUUUUCCAACGUAAGAUUGACCUUGCGAUCUCCGUUUCUCGUUUGCUCGACCACUUGACAAUGUCCUGGCCUUAACUGGGAUAUGCACUGCACUUUGUUGUUCAUACAGUUCUGGCUGUUCCAAACUUGUUUUUUGGAUAUCAUCAGCAUAUUCAAUAUGUUAGUGUUUAUAUAUGCUAUUAUAAAUACGAAUUUCUUUGUUUCUUGACCUUUUUUUUUACUCAAAAUAAUAAAGCUAUUUUCACGAAGCAAA